UGAAGCUAUGUGGUUGGGGCUGAGUGGGUUUUUGUGAAAUUAUCAUGGCUCCGAAGAUCAACUAUUAUGGAGCCAUAUGGAUGACUUCCUCUACCUUAUGCAUUACGAUUUUAAAACCUUUGAACGUUUUCUAAACCUUGACAAGUUUUUGGACCAUAUAAAAGGAUGUAUCCACUUUAAUUAUUUGGUUUUGUGUAAUAUAUUUUUACUCUAUGCUGACUGUUUACUGAUUGGCUAACAUUUCUCAAGGUCACUUGAGAUUCGCUCAAAGGUCGUCCAUAAAUUAUGGUCUCGCCGUGAAAUCGUAUCAACCGUGUACUGGUGAAUAUUGUUCUGAAUGUUGUGUAUUAGUGCACUUAUACUGGAUUUUAUUUCUAAGCACCAGUAUUUUGACAAUCUUGCCGAUUUAUUUAGAUCGGUUUGGAGUUCUAGCCUAUCACUGUUACUAUGUUUGACCUUUCUGUGUCUUCGAAUUCGAUGUUUUUAAUCCAAGCUUGUAAUGUGCAUGUUAUUCUGAAGUUAGAAGGCUUCAUCAUAAUACCAGACUGGGAUAUGUGGAAGGUAUCUUGUUAUCUGCAAUACAGCAUCGAAACCUUUUUGGGACAUAAAGCAUCCUCUCCAAUAAAAUGUUGGAAUCUAUUUUUUUGGAGUAUGGUAGACCUUUGGCCGCGCCAAAUAUCCACUGAUUUUAAUUUAUGAACAUGUAUCAAAUAAAUUAUUGCUCUACUUCGUAUGUUGAAGACAUCCAUCACAGUUCUUUUUCCAAAAUCGUUUACUUCAUGGUUUAAUUUAAGGGCAUAUAUGUUAAUUUCAGGGCUGUAUUGGAGAUCAAGUAUGUGGUUUUGUGUAAAACAAAUACAGGCUCAUUCACUGGCCUUUAGUACACAUUUCUAGGUUGCACAGACUAAAGCGUAUUUUCAGUUCGGUGUUUACGUGUCAUGUCCUAGUGAUAAAGAUGAAAGAGUCAUCGGAAAGUAAUUCGAACCAUUCUUAAGUAUUGCUGGUUGAGUGCUCCAAAUACUUAGAUUAUCCAUGGGGAAAGUUCAUUGAUAAUUCUUCGUAGUUGAGUUGUUUCAUUUGCCUUUGUGAAACCUGCACUUUAAACUCUCAUUGUGACAAGAAAAUUGAUGUUUAAAAGGUUUCAUUUCAAUAUGGAGCAACUCAGAGCCACAAAGUUCAAUUGCAUCUCGACCUUCAUGACUAUCUAUUGCUAAAAGGAUAGUGUAAAUCAAAAGUCAUAGACUCAAACAGCUGUCUGAAUGUAUCUAAUUUUCCAACCACACCAACCCCGGAGUCCAGAAUAUUUAUUUUGGCUGUGUAGAUCACUCCUUUAUUCACUCUCUGCACGAUUGUUUACUAACUUUAAAAUACGCUUUACUAAUUAAUCUGUUGGUGUAUUGUGCCCCUAUUUUUUAUCGUUCAAUCUCCUACUGCAUAGUUUGGGAUUAUAUAUUAUUACCUGUCUUCUCUAACUUCACAAUUGUCAUUUCUGUUCUAUAACCAAUAUUGAAUAGUAAAGUUGUUCUUAUUUUAUUGAUAUUACAGCUAUUCGACAAGAGAAGAUAAAAUAUUGUGGUUCAUUUUGUCAUGACGUUCGUCAAUCUGCUGUUGAAGAAUACAGGCAGGGUUAAUUUUGUUCGAUUUUCUCCCAUAAGUCGCUCAGUAGCACUUAGUAAAUUUGAAGACAAGACCCUAGAUUAUGAUAAACUGGAACACAAUCUAAAUAUAGUGAAAAAACGACUUGGACAUCCGUUAACACUUGCCGAGAAAGUUCUGUAUUCUCAUCUCGAUAAUCCAAAAACUGCAAAUAUUGAAAGAGCUAAAAGCUAUCUCAUGCUUAGACCCGAUCGUGUUGCAAUGCAAGAUGCUACAGCACAGAUGGCUCUAUUACAAUUUAUUAGCAGUGGUCUUCCACGUGUCGCCGUACCCUCAACUGUCCAUUGUGACCAUCUUAUUGAGGCUAAAGAUGGUGCAGGAACAGAUCUUAAUCGUGCAAAUGAUACCAACAAGGAAGUUUACGAAUUUCUUGCAUCUGCAUCUGCUAAAUAUGGUAUUGGAUUUUGGAAGCCUGGAUCAGGAAUAAUUCACCAGAUUGUUUUAGAGAACUAUGCAUUUCCUGGUGCAUUAAUCAUUGGCACCGAUAGUCAUACACCCAAUGGUGGCGGACUUGGUGGUUUAUGUAUUGGUGUUGGUGGUGCAGAUGCUGUAGAUGUAAUGGCUAAUUUACCAUGGGAGUUGAAAGCCCCAUUAGUAAUUGGCGUAAAUCUAACAGGUAAAUUAUCUGGUUGGACAAGUCCAAAAGAUAUCAUAUUAAAGGUAGCUGAAAUCCUAACAGUGAAAGGUGGAACUGGAGCUAUCGUUGAAUAUUAUGGUCCUGGUGUUGAAUCGAUUUCAUGCACUGGUAUGGCUACAAUUUGUAAUAUGGGCGCUGAGAUCGGUGCUACAACUUCAAUUUUUCCAUUCAACGAUCGAAUGCUGGAUUAUUUACGUGCUACAAAUAGAGCGGAUAUGGGAGAUUUAGCUUCAAAGCAUAAGGCUUCUUUACUUACAUCAGAUGUAAAUUGUAAAUAUGAUAAAAUAAUUGAAAUAAACUUGGAUACUUUAGAACCACAUGUAAAUGGUCCAUUUACACCAGAUCUCGCACAUCCGAUUUCACAAUUGUCCAGUCAUGCAUCCAAAGCAGGUUGGCCACUGCAUAUCAGUGCUGGACUUAUCGGUUCCUGUACCAAUUCAUCUUAUGAGGAUAUGGCACGUGCUGCCAGCUUAGCUCGUCAAGCUUUAGAUAAAGGUGUUAAAAUUAAAUCACAAUUCUUUAUAACACCUGGUAGUGAACAAAUUCGUGCAACUAUUGAACGUGACGGUAUCACAAAAAUAUUUCAAUCUAUUGGUGGUGUAGUAUUAGCUAAUGCAUGUGGUCCAUGUAUUGGUCAAUGGUCUAGAAAGGAUACAAAGAAAGGUGAUAAAAAUACGAUUGUCUCAUCGUACAAUCGUAAUUUCACUGGUCGUAAUGAUGCUAAUCCAGCUACACAUGCAUUUGUUACUUCACCAGAAUUAGUCACAGCUUUAGUAUUCGGUGGCAGUUUAUCAUUUAAUCCAUUGACGGAUGAACUAACUGCAGAUGAUGGAUCAAAAUUUAAAUUUAAACCACCAACAGGUGACACACUACCGAUGAAAGGUUUUGAUCCUGGUCAAGAUACAUAUCAACCACCAGUGACAGAUACUUCCAAAAUCACAGUUAAAGUUGAUCCAUCAAGUCAACGUUUACAAUUACUUAGUCCAUUUAAGAAAUGGGAUGGUAAAGAUUUAACUGAAAUGCCAAUAUUAAUUAAAAUUAAAGGAAAAUGUACUACAGAUCAUAUUUCAGCUGCUGGUCAAUGGUUAAAAUAUCGAGGUCAUUUGGAUAAUAUUUCAAAUAAUUUGUUCAUUGGAGCUGUCAAUGAAGAGAAUAAUGAAAUGAAUAAAGUAUUACAUCGUCCAUCUGGUCAGUGGGAUACUGUUCCAAUGGUAGCUAGAAAAUAUAAGGCGGAUGGUAUCAAUUGGUGCGUCAUUGGUGAUGAGAAUUAUGGUGAAGGAAGCAGUCGGGAACACGCUGCCCUGGAGCCUAGACAUUUAGGUGGUCGUGCAAUUAUUGUGAAAAGUUUUGCACGUAUACAUGAGACAAAUUUGAAAAAACAAGGAAUGCUUCCAUUGACAUUUGCAAACCCAUCAGAUUAUGAUAAAAUUAAACCGUCAGAUAAAAUUUCCCUGUUAGAUUUGAAAAAUCUUCAACCUGGCAAACCUGUUCGUUGUGUAAUUCACCAUGAAAAUGGUAAAACUGAAGAAGUUCAAUUAUUGCAUACAUUUAAUGAGAAUCAAAUUGAAUGGUUCAAAGCUGGAAGUGCUUUAAAUCGAAUGCGUGAAUUAGGCAGUCAACAACAUUAAAUUCUGUCUAUCAUACAACGUCUUAUGCUUAUUACCUUCCUUUUGAAAUAGUUGCUAAGCAAAUUUCUAAAAAAAACUGUUUAGUUUCUUUACUUAUUCGUUUGUUUAUCUUUCUUCAAUCAACUUCGUUUUCAUUCAACCUAUACAUUUCUAUUUCUACUCUGUUUUGUAGUUAUAUAUAUCAGUUAGCUAUGUAAUUUAGUAAUCUACAAAUUACUCAUUUUUACAUUAAUUUAUUCCCUCCCAAACUAUCCCCCACUUUCUCCCCCCAUAUUGUUUUGUAUUAGUAGAGUUUGAUUGAUAAUCAGUCAAUUGUCAUUUCAGAUUUUAAGGUAGUUUUGUUACUAUUUACAUAUAUGUAUUCAUUAUUAGUUUGUAUUUUCUCAAACAAUACGUACAUGGGUCCAUACAAACAAACAUGCAUACACAUGGUGACCUAUGAAAAUUGGACUACUUGUGCAACGUAUCGUUUUUUUUCUCUCUGUUUUUCAUAGAUAGUGAAUAGUUAUGUUCAUUGUUUAAAAUAAACAAGUUGAGCUUUUGUGAAUAAAAUGUUACAUCUUAGUAACAGGAAUGGUUUUCGAAAAGUAAAUUACUCAAUCCUUUCUUUAACUUACUAAACACUUCCCAGUAAGCACGUAGAUUUGCGCGUUCGCACACAUAUGUCUUAAAUCUGCUUAUUUCAGCGUGAACUGACACGCUGUUGGUGUUGUUUACUAUAAAUUGUCUUCGAGAGUAUCACUACACGCUAUUAACAAAAAGGUAUAAUGAAAAAAGCUAUCUUGACAAGACAAUCAGAUUUAAGAGCGCAGCCAUCAGACUUUUGCGCGAAAUUCAAGUGAGGUGAUGAAUAGCCGUUUCUUAUUAAGAACGUGGUGCGAAAUUAAUAAAGCCUAGUAAAAUUUAAUCAUCAAGACAUCUAAAGUUGGAAAACAUAACAAGACUUACGAAUAAAGACGAAGUUGUGUGGCUCUUGAAAUGGUGAUGAGCGAAUUAUUACUAUUUCACAGCGAAAAUGAUAAAAAAUAAAUAGAAUUAAAAAAAACGACAUGGAAUGCGCGUAUGUGAACUUGUAGCUCAGUUCUUCCUCAAUUGUCAACAUGCGUGCAAUAUUGAACACGUUGAAGACGUUGGAUGACAUGGCACAGAACAAUUUACAACGGCACAGAUGCAUUCACUCUUCAUCUUCCCCUCGAUCUUGAAUUCCAGUAAUCCUUCACAAAUACCUUUCCAUUCUCUCCUUUCAAACUAUAUUCUCAAGUUUCAGUUCUUUUUAUCUUUACUGCUACAUUAUUUUGAUAUAUUUUGUUAUUUGUUUAUCUUUGUGUCGAUCUGGUAUGGUAACUUGAGCAGAAGCAUAUCUAAAUUAGGCUCUCUUUUGAUAAUGUCUAUUCUAAGAUAAAAAUAUUUUUAAAUAAAACGUACACCUACAAAAGUCGUCUAAUUUUUCGCUUAUAUAUCAAUAUUUUCAUCUUUUCUAUCAUAUUUAUAGUUAUGCUUACUGGUUAACAUCGAUUUCGGAAUACGGUGUUUUUUUAUUGGUUAAAAUUAAAUUGAAAUAAAAUGCUUUUUUG